GCCUGGCCUGCUGUUACUGCUGCUCAGCGGCCUGCAAGCUGAGAUCCAAGAAAUGGAAGUCAGGGCGACGGUCGGCAGCGACUGUUUGCUGAGCUGCGUGCACCCUGAGCGAGAGCCUUUCGACCUGCAGGACGUGUACGUUUACUGGCAGAUCGACUCCACCGUGGUGGCCUACCACAUCCCCCAGAACAACUCCUCGGCCCUAGCAGACAGCCGCUACCAGGCCCGAGCCCACCUGUCGCCGCAGAGCAUGGAGCAGGGCAACUUCUCUUUGCACCUGCACAAUGUCACCCCACAGGACACACAGAAGUUCACCUGCCUGGUGUUCAGGAAGUCCUGGAACAUGGGACGGGCCUUGAAUGCUGUGGUCACACUGCGUGUUGCCGCUAACUUCAGCCUGCCUGUGGUCAACAGCAGUGGCACCCCCCAAGGCCAGCCGCUCACCUUCACCUGCACGUCCACUGACGGCUACCCGCAGCCCAAGGUAUACUGGAUCAACAAGACGGACAACAGCGUGCUGGACAGGGCACUGCACAACGACACGGUGUCCGUGAACGCGCGAGGCCUGUACGACGUGGUCAGCGUUCUGAGAGUGCCCUGGGCGCCUGGCACGAGUGUGGGCUGCUGCAUAGAGAACGUGCUUCUGCGGCAGAACCUCACCGGCAGUGGCCCUGCAGAGCUCUCCACCGGAGGAAGCACGGACCGGAUCACAGAGCACCCGGACCUGCCCCCCAGGGAGAGCAGUGGGGCCCUCUUCGGCACCGUCGCUGCUGCCGGGGUGGCAGCAGGGCUCGGGGCCCUAUGCUGGGUCAAAAGGGCCAGGUGUCGCCGUAGAAACUACACAGGUGCCCAGGUCGUGGCGCAGGAGCACGAGCUCACAGACCACGCCUGACGUUUGCUGCCCGGGACGUGGGUGGGCGUCUGUGAGCGGCUGCCCAGUGGACGUUGGCACAGCUUGAGAGUGGACUCCUCCAGGACUGGUGGUGACAGGGACCACGAGCUGCAGGCCCAUGUGUGCUGUGAGGACAGGAGCUGCAGGCCUUGGGGGUCACGGGCCACCCCAGGGAAGGUGCGCCUGGCCCGUCCCUGACCCAGAGAGAAGCCUGUGUGGCAUGGCAGCGGCCAGGACUGCAGUGCCCAAGUGACCGCUGCCCACCCUCGGCGCCAUACAGAUGCCCACGAGCACCUGGAGUUGGUGCCGGGCUCUGUCCACACCCAGACCUGCACGGAGGACGUCUGGGCUGAAGGAAGGGUGCUGGGUUUACAAGGCGUGAGGUCGCCCGCUCUUCCACGCCGACCUCCGUGCUGUCUGCAGAGGACUCGGCUGCAGCGCUUGCUGGCUGCCCUUCUGUCCUGGGGCUCCCGUGUGCGAAGCUGUGCACACUUGUGUUUGUAAGACAGCAUGCACCGAUGCAGGAAACGGCCCACGCUGCCAGCCCUGGGAGACCCCUGAGCUUCGCUGUCCUCUCCCAUCUUUAGCAAGAGGAAAACUGGACCUUGUUUGUGUUGUCCGAAAGCUAAGUGGAAUUUUGUCCGAAGGAAGUCACCGUGCACCGGGCUGCCCUGCACCUGGCUUGGGCGAGGGCGGGAACGCACCUCUGCCCGGAAGCCGAAUGUGCUUUGGGGAUUGAAACCAGAGUCGCCCAGCAGGCCUCCUGGGGUGCUGCUGUCCCCAUCUAGUCUUGGGGUCCCUCAGACCCCUAUGGGCACAGUGAAGACCUGGACUCAGCCCACCGGCCCCCCUGGAGACCCCAGAGCACCAGGGGGGCUGCGUUGUGGCCACACAGAGCGGACUGAGAGAUGUGCUGUCCCCGGGAGGUGCUGACAGAGGUGCUGCCAGGUGACCUGGUGAGCACAAGAGCAGCUGUGGGCAGCGUGGCCUCCCAGGGCCCAGGCCUGUGGCCCUGCUGCCGACAGGCGCUCGCCCCCUCCCAGAGGAGACCCUGAGGUCUGCGUCCCUCAGCCUGGGCACGUGAGGCCCACGCACCUCAGACGGAGGAGGGCAGGCCUGGCGUCACGCUGGUGAGGCCAGGCGGGCGGGAACUUGUGGGAGGGGAGCUUGGUUUCCUACCAGAGUCCUCAGUGGGCUCCAGAAGUGGGUGAAGAGGGACCCCCAACUUCCACCUGAGCAUUAAAGAAAACAUGGCACUCUUGAA